GGUUUAAGUCUUUCAUUACCGCCACCACUGCCUCCGGAGUUCUACCUUCGCCUCGUUUGUUCGUUCUUCACACGUGCUACUACACGCCUUAAGCGUAAGCUUGAACUCGGUUGUUUCGCAUCUUGGUUGCUUGUUGGAUACUAUCGUACGCUUGGGCCUCGUCAUGCGACGGCGUGAUCCAGAAAUAAUGUUCAUCGGUAGAGGUCACUCUCUGAUAGAUGUCGACAACGACGCGGUCGAUCUCACUGGACGAAGGAUGAAGACAAAUCGAGAGACCGUCAACUUCAGGUCGAGUAAUGAUAUACCGAGCACCAUCAAUCCCAGCAUAUCAAACGUCCAGACUCCCCUGCGUACGGUGAGACUCGGCUUCAUUAUUGACUCACCACAGUAAUGUCAAUAUUCCAAUGGUUCAAGAAACGGCCAUCUGAACAUGUCGCCUCUGACUCGAGGAAGCGCCCGAGGUCCACAACCGCUCCAUUGCCUGGAGCAGAAGGGUCCAAGGACAAACCUUUUGUUUUGUUGAGCGACGACGACGACGAUGAACUGCCAGCAUUCUCCAUAUCACAGUCCCCAACCAAACCUGUUGUGGCUUCAACUUCUCGUUCUCAGAAACACACACCCCAGCCUUCGUCAUCAUCGCACCAUAAAGUAGCCCAACCUGCCAAGCGACCAACGGCACCAGCGAAGCAUCUGAAAUAUGUUCCCAAGCUUGCCAUGCCUUCGCAAGACGACUGCAGAAACCUCCCGCGCUCACCAGGAAAGCCAAUCACAAAGAUUGUCGCGUAUCAGAAACGCUCUACUCAAUCCUCCGUGCCAUUGCAUCGUCAAUCUAAUGAACCAGACAAUGUCGAGGACGAGUACGUCAAAGGGACGUGGACGAAUCCAAACAUCUGGGCUCGUAUCCGAGCCAAGUCGGGAGGAGACGACUCUGGUGCUUUUGAGCCUUUUGCAAGCCUCGAAUCAGCACCAAAGAGGCUGCCUCCUUGUGAGCGGCGUCUGCGUCUAACGAAUCGGCCGUUUCAGUCUCAAGCUGUUCCUCGUGCACCACCAAACGAAAGACCGUAUAUUUGGGAUAUAUUAAAGGAUACCGAGAUAGCCAUUCCCUCGCGACGCGCACGGCAUCCGCACAAAUUCGCCCUUGAAGGGAAAGGGCCUGCUAGACGCACUUUGCCUUAUGGAAGCAUUACGCAGAGGUGGCAUUAUGCUGCGGCCGGACCUAUAAAUAAGAUUAUACAACACAAAGGCUGCAUCGCCGCUUGUAGUGCUACAGCUGGUGGGAGUGCCGGAGAGACGGACUGUACGUAUAAUAAGAGCGGUGCACUACUUUUGUGGUGUCAAGACGAGCAUAUAACGCUGAAGGUAGAGCGUGAUCCAGAUGAGGAGGAUGAAGAGCACGAGGAUUAUACUGAGCAUUAUUGGCGAUGUCAAGAUGGUUUCAAGAGAGUGCUUGAGAAACAUGGAACCUCGGAGGGUAGACAGGUUGAAUAUGAGUACAGCAAUAAUCCAAACCGUUUGAAUGGUUGGAAACCAAACUAUCUGUACAAGUAUUUUUCUGUCAAUGACAUCGCAUUCGAUCCGAAAAGUCAAUGUUUUGCGUCUUCUGGAGAAGACACAAAUGUACGUUUGUGGCCGUUCAGCUCGGAUAUACAAGGAGAACAGCUGCGAACAACUAUUUCCAAAUUGUGGAUUUACACGGACAUAUUCUCCGAAUCUCGCCGACACGAAGAGCUUUCAAUUGCAGAUAGGCAACCAGGUCGUCAUACAGUGGGUGCAUUCGUUUGGGGGAGAGGUCCGACGGCCAAUUGCAUCUUUGCCUCGUCCGAACCGCUUGGUAACUCUUUAACCGGUGUUGGCUACCAUAAAACAUGGAAUCCGUAUGACGACUCUGAUCCCAUAUACGAGUUUGAUGAUGCUCAGGAAGCCGGGGAUGCGAUGUCAAUUAAUUCAGAAGGAUCAUGGCUAGCGCUCUUCACAGCCGGUGAACCCGAUAGGCAUCUUCGACUUUACGAUAUUCGCAACCGCCAUAAUAGAGCCUCUAAGCAUAUUAUACUUGAUCAACCUAAUGCUGGUCGAGCCGAUCUCGAGGUCAAUUGUGCAUCCUUCAGCCCAGAUGGUCGUUUCUUGGCCGUGUCUAGAAAUGACAACAAGACUCACAUUUACGAUCUCCGAAUGCUAGACAAGGGUGCAAUGAUUUCAUUUGGUGUUGUCUAUUCGGAGUGGGUGACUCAGAAUUCGAAUGGCAGGAUGGCUUUGAUUACAGGUGGCGAAGAUGGAAUGGUGCGCAUGUGGGACCCUACAGUCUCUUCGAACGAUGGAACUGUUCUCGUCGAGAUGAACUCGGACAUAGCGCAUUUCAGUAUCGGCGAUCGAUUGAAGGGAGAGUAUGAUUUGGUAGUAGGCGAUGCGCAGGGUAUAGUUGCAGCGUUUGAUACUCAUGCCAGUCAUUUUGAGAAGAUUGAGACGAUUUAGGAUCUUUCCACUUAGUAUGUAUGUCGUGUCGUAUGCAUCUGUAACAUAUCAUGUUGUGUUCUAUUUCUUAAACUACUUACGUUCAGUUCCUAGUACAAAUUUUGAACCUGAGCUUACUAGUCAAGGUGAACCUCGGAAGUAAAUGGUUCCGCUGGUUGCCAUGAGACGUACCGAAGCAGGGUCGACUGUAUAGAAUAUCUUG